AUGAAUACCAUCAUUCGCUUCUUCCGUCCGCAGCACGCUGGCAACGAGGCUAACACUCGAGACACGAAAGACGCUUCACUGCACAGUAUCGAAGGAAAUCACCCGAAGAUAACACUCCUCGAAUUCUUCCAAUCUCAAUCGUGCGAUUCAUGUCCGCCGGCAAACGAGACGCUCAUCAACCUGGUCUCCACACCAGACGCCGACACCUCAUACCUCUUGCUGACAUACCAUGUCACAUACUGGAACCAUCUCAGCUGGCGAGACACGUUCUCAUACCAAGCAUUUGACGGCAGACAGCGCGAAUACAUGCGAAAGAGAAAGAAUCCGCAGGGCCUGUACACGCCCAUGCUCAUCGUCAACGGCCGAAGUAUCGGCGUGGGAAACACCAAGGAGGCCGUCUCGAAGCUCAUCAGAGAGGGACAGGGCUCGACAAACCCCAUUGGCGACAAGGCCACGCCUAGUCGUGGUCGAGUCUAUCUGUCAGUUGAGACGAACCAAUACGGCGAGAAAGUCGUCACGGUGGAUGCCACGGCGGUGAGCUCGGAGACCGGAGAUGGUGAUCUCCAUGUUUUGGUCAUUCGCUACCUCCGGUCGCCAGCAGAUGUUCUGGUGACGAGAGGGGAGAAUGCAGGACGCACUCUUCGUCAUCGUAAUGUGGUCACAGGUGUCACUAGGAUUGGGUAUCUUCAGCGUGAGUGUUUCAAGCCCUACAUCUUACCACCAAAUGAGAAAGUCGGGACAGAAGGGAGAGUGGUCGUGGUGCAGGAUGGCGCAGGAGGUGAAAUCAUGGAUGUGGUGGUGGUAUGA